AUGUCGAACGGAAACCCAAAACAGCACGAGUACGUGCGAGAGCCAGCGCCGUCCUAUCGCCAGUCGUUCGACACUUUGGCGCACAUCCCCGUAGAUUCAAACUCUUCGGAAUUCAGGGCGAGCCGAAUUGACAACUUUUGGAUCAAGAUCUUCCCACCCGCGCCAAAAUGUUACAUCUGCCAAGACAAAACGGAGCCCGCGAAUUUACUCUCCAGGCCGGGAUGCGAUCACAAGAUUUGCGGAAAAUGCCUGAUCAAGGUCUUUGAACGAGCCGUCAACGACAAGAAAUCUAUGCCGCCGAGCUUCUGUCCUCAUGGUGAGGUGUCGCCCGACAUGGCCCCGGGAUUGUUCAACGACGUGUUCUUGGCGCAAUGGAACGAGAAGUACUUUGAGUAUUUGGAGCAGACGGUGUCGACAUGA